CCUGAAUCGACUUCUCCGUCUGAUUAGUUAUGUCUAAUCAAAAUGGCGAUCCUCCUGUAGGGGACGAAUGCUGUUCACUCGUUAUGUUUUGACCAGUAAAACCUGACAUACAUAUCAAAUCAUCUCUUAAUCAGUAUGUUAUUAAGCAUGGCUUUAAGAAGUGCUCUUAAAUCGACAUCUGUCGUUCUGCGAGAAUGUGGUGUUUUAUCCAGGCUGAAAGGAACCUGUGCGUCUCUCCCAUUUAAACAUGGGGCAUGUACCUCUGUCAUCACAGGGCCUUCAAACAGCAACAAUGAGACUGUAUUGACAGGUAAAUAAAUAUAUAUUUAUACUACUAAUUUCAUAGAGUAGACGUGGGCUUGCGAUAUUGUAGUUAGCUAAGGAGUCCGUAUAAGUCAAUGCCACAAUGAAACGGCUUGUCAAUGUGCGCGCCGAUUAUUUAUUUGUACUUGCUCGCAUGCAUGUCAACUAGCUAACUGCACACGGCGAGCAAGAAUCAAUGAACCAUUACUGAAAAAUAGGGAAAGGUAGAUGUUGUGUGAACCCACUUAUCAUCAUCAUAACACCUCGUAAAAAGGUGAUUUUCCAUUAGUCAUGUCAUGAGUACAAUUCUUCCUUGGGUAGGCCAGGAGAGGGCACUGCAGCAAUUAGCUAGGAUGUCUAGUGCACGGAUAGUUAAUCACAACAACACAUUUAUAGACCGGUACACAAUAGUUAUUAUCUUUGUGUACACAGUGACACAGGCUUGCUAUUUGUAUAGGGACAUAAAUUCACUACUCCAUUGUUGUUAUCAUCCUGUGUGUACCAACUAGGCUAGCUAAAUGGUUUAAUUAUAAAAAUAGAUUACAUCAAAAUAGAUCAUGAACAUUAUUUGAUGUCCAAAUAGCUGAAAUGAAAGGAAUCAUUUGUAACUAGACUGGUGCGAAGGUAAUGCCAUUUUAACCCAGACAUGCAGUUGUAGUCGGAAGUUUACAUACACCUUAGCCAAAUACAUUUAAACUCAGUUUUACAAUUCCUGACAUUUAAUCCUAGUAAAAAUUCCCUGUCUUAGGUCAGUUAGGAUCACCACUUUAUUUUAAGAAUGUGAAAUGUCAGAAUAAUAGUAGAGAGAAUGAUUUCAGCUUCUAUUUCUUUCAUCACAUUCCCAGUGGGUCAGAAGUUUACAUAUACUCAAUUAGUAUUUGGUAGCAUUGCCUUUAAAUUGUUUAACUUGGGUCAAAUGUUUCGGGUAGCCUUCCACAAGCUUCCCACAAUAAAUGACAGAGCUGGUGUAACUGGGUCAGGUUUGUAGGCCUCCUUGCUCGCAAACGCUUUUUCAGUUCUGCCCACAAAUUUUCUAUAGGAUUGAGGUCAGGGCUUUGUGAUGGCCACUCCAAUACCUUGACUUUGUUGUCCUUAAGCCAUUUUGCCACAACUUUAGAAGUAUGCUUGGGGUCAUUGUCCAUUUGGAAGACCCAUUUGCGACGAAGCUUUAACUUCCUGACUGAUGUCUUGAGAUGUUGCUUCAAUAUAUCCACAUCAUUUUUCUUCCUCAUGAUGCCAUCUAUUUUGUGAAGUGCACCUGUCCCUCCUGCAGCAAAGUACCCCCACAGCAUGAUGCUGCCACCCCCGUGCUUCACGAUUGUGAUGGUGUUCUUUGGCUUGCAAGCACCCCCUUUUUCCUCCAAACAUAACGAUGGUCAUUAUGGCCAAACAGUAAUAUUUUUGUUUCAUCAGACCAGAGGACAUUAUUCCAAAAAGCACGAUCUUUGUCCCCAUGUGCAGUUGCAAACCGUAGUCUGUCUUUUUUAUGGCGGUUUUGGAGCAGUGGCAGGUUCAUCUCUUGGAGACAGAACGCGUCUCCUUUCUGAGCGGUAUGAAGGCUGCGUGGUCCCAUGGUGUCUCCAAUUUUUUUCUGAGGUCUUGGCUGAUUUCUUUUGUUUUUCCUAUGAUGUCAAGCAAAGAGGCACGGAGUUUGAAGGGAGGCCUUGAAAUACAUCCACAGGUACACCUCCAAUUGACUCAAAGGAUGUCAAUUAGCCUAUCAGAAGCUUCUAAAGCCAUGACAUCGUUUUUUGGAAUUUUCCAAGCAGUUUAAAGGCACAGUCAACUUAGUGUAUGUAAACUUCUGACCCACUGGAAUUGUGAUACAGUGAAUUAUAAGUGAAAUAAUCUGUUUGUAAACAAUUGUUGGAAGAAUUACUUGUGUCAUGCACAAAGUAGAUGUCCUAACUGACUUGCCAAAAAUAUAGUUUAACAAGAAAUGUGUGGAUUGGUUGAAAAACAAGUUUUAAUGACUCCAACCUAAGUGUAUAUAAACUUACGACUUCAACUGUAUGACUAAUACAUUUCUUAUCAUGCAAUCAGUCAGUCUGCUAGUAAGUGGUUUUUUAUGAAGAGGAUGUGGGAACCAGUUAUUUUCCCCACUGGUCCCCUGCAAUGUGUAUGCAGCAGCUUUUCUCACAGUCACUCCACCACUCUUGAUCAUUUAUGCAGAACAUGACACUCCACUCUUGUUUCUAUGAUCUCUGCACCACAGUUCACAAAAUGUAGGCCUACAUCAGAACAAGUAGUACUAUAGUAAGACAUCCCAACUCUUACUGCAAACCAUGUUACUGCUGAACAUGCUUACAUACACUUUCUCAUGCAUGCACAUACACUGAGUGUACAAAACAUUAAGAAAACCUUCCUAAUAUUGAGCUGCCCUCAUUAACAGCCUCAAUUCGUCGGGGCAUGGACUGUGUCGAAAAGCGUUCCUGAGAAACGCUGGCCCAUGUUGACUCCAAUGCUUCCCACAGUUGUCAAGUUGUCUGGAUGUUCUUUGGGUGGUGGACCAUUCUACACACAGGAAAACUGUUUAGCAUGAAAAACCCAGCAACAUUGCCGUUCUUGACACAAACCGUUGCACCUGGCACCAACUACCAUACCGUUCAAAGGCACUUAAAUCGUUUGUCUUGCCCAUUCACCCUCCGAAUGGCACAAAUACACAAUCCAUGUCUCAAGGCUUAAAAAUCCUUCUUUAACCUGUCUCCUCCCCUUCAUCUACACUGAUUUGAAGUUAAUUUAAUAAGUGACAUCAAAAAGGGAUCAUAGCUUUUACCUGGAUUCACCUGGUCAGUCUAUGCAAUGUUCUUAAUGUUUUGUACACUCUGUGGAGUUGCAGGCAUAAACCUGGCACAAUCCUAUGGUUCAUAAAGCAAUGGACUAAGAGUAAUUAUGUAUUGUUUGAUAAUUUGUUUAAUUCUUACCAGGUAUUGGAAGUUUCACCAUUCAGCCUGUGAGAAACUAUGCCCGUGCCGUAAGAAAGAAGAAGCCAGGUAUGGAGGACCAAGGUCAACUAUUUGAUCUAAGACCACUUGGAUAUUUGAUAUUUACUGUCUAAGUUUUUUUCCAUCAGUGAUGCAAAGUCAGCUGAGUGAUCUGUCUCCAACAAUGCUGAAAAUGGAAUAUGCUGCUGUUCCACUCGCUCAAACGUAUGUACAUUUAAUUUUGUUUAAUUUGUUGGUCCUCUGUAGCUCAGCUGGUAGAGCACGGCGCUUGUAACGCCAAGGUAGUGGGUUCGAUCCCCGGGACCACCCAUACACAAAAAGAAAAAAAAUGUAUGCCCGCAUGACUGUAAGUCGCUUUGGAUAAAAGCGUCUGCUAAAUGGCAUAUUAUUAUUAUUAUUUUUAAAUUACAUGUAUUUUAUGUCAUGCAGACAUGGCUCAUGUAUGUUCAUCUCUCCCAUGUCCAAACAACUACGGCACUGAGAUGUUGUUUAAAAUAGUUAUUCUAUGUAUUUAUUUGUACAAUACAGUGCAUUUGGAAAGUAUUAAGACCCGUUGACUUUUUCCACAUUUUUUUACGUUACAGCCUUAUUCUAAAAUUGAUGAAUAAUUUUUUCUUUUUACCUCAGUCUAUACACAAUACCCCAUAAUGACAAAGCAAAAACAGGUUUAUAGAAAUGUUUGCAAUUUUAUUAGAUCUAAAACAUUUUACAUAAGUAUUCAAACCCUUUACUCAGUACUUUGUUGAAGCACCUUUGGCAGCAAUUACAGCCUUGAGUCUUCUUGGGUAUGAUGCUACAAGCUUGGCACACCUGUAUUUGGGGAGUUUCUCCCAUUCUUCUCUGCAGAUCGUCUCAAGCUCUGUCAGGUUGGAUGGGGAGCGUUGCUGCACAGCUAUUUUCAGGUCUCUCCAGAGAUGUUCGAUCGUGUUCAAGUCCGGGCUCUGGCUGGGCCACUCAAGGACAUUCAGAGACUUGUCCCGAAGCCACUCCUGCGUUGUCUCGGCUGUGUGCUUGGGGUCAUUGUCCUGUUGGAAGGUGAACCUUUGCCCAAGUCUGAGAUCCUGAGCGCUCUGGAGCAGGUUUUCAUCAAGGAUCUCUCUGUACUUUGCUCCAUUCAUCUUUCCCUCGAUCCUGACUGGUCUCCCAGUCCCUGCCGCUGAAAAACAUCCCCACAGCUUGAUGCUGCCACCACCAUGCUUCACCAUAGGGAUGGUGCCAGGUUUCCUCCAGACAUGACGUUUUGCAUUCAGGACAAAGAGUUCAAUCUUGGUUUCAUCAGACCAGAGAAUCUUGUUUCUCAUGGUCUGCGAGUCCUUUAGGUGCCUUUUGGCAAACUCCAAGCGGGCUGUCAUGUGCCUUUUACUGAGGAGUGGCUUCCAUCUGGCCACUCCACUAUAAAGGCCUGAUUGGUGGAGUGCUGCAGAGAUGGUGGUCCUUCUGGAAGGAUGUUUCUCCCAUCUCCACAGAGGAACUCUGGAGCUCUGUCAGAGUGACCAUCCGGUUCUUGGUCACCUCUCUGACCAAGGCCCUACUCCCCGAUUGAUCAGUUUGACCGGGCUGCCAGCUCUAGGGAAUGUCUUGGUGGUUCCAAACUUCUUCCAUUUUAGAAUGAUGGAGGUCACUGUGUUCUUGGGGACCUUCAAUGCUGCAAACCGUAGUGGAUACCCUGUCCCCAGAUCUGUGCCUCAGCACAAUCCAGUCUCGGAGCUCUAUGGAAAAUUCCUUCGACCUCAUGGCUUGGUUUUUGCUCUGACAUGCACUGUCAGAUGUGGGACCUUAUAUAGACAGGUGUGUGCAAUCCAUAUCCAUGUCCAAUCAAUUUAAUUUACCACAGGUGGACUCAAGUUGUAGAAACAUCUCAAGGAUGAGCAAUGGAAACAGGAUGCACCUGAGCUCAGUUUUGAGUUUCAUAGCAAAGGGUCUGAAUACUUAUGUAAAUAAGGUAUUUCUGUUUUCUUCUUUUUCAUAAAUUUGCUCAAAUUUAUAAAAACCUGUUUUCGCUUUGUCGUAAUGGGGUAUUGUGUGUAGAUUAAUGAGGGAAAAACAUGUAUUUAAUCAAUUUUAGAAUAAGGCUGUAACAUAACAAAAUUUGGAAAAAGGGAAGGGGUCUGAAUACUUUCAGAAUGCACUGUAUGUAGGCCUACUCAGUGUUUGUACUAUACGUCUACUAUACAGUACUUCUCUUCCUAAUGCUGAUCUGUUAUGUGUUUACAGAGCUGAUGACCUGGUCAAGAGACUUCUGACACUGGAACUAGCAAACCACGUAUGUUAUUUUCACCUUGCUCCUACAUUCUAUUAAUCUUUCUCUUUGUGCUCAUAAGAAUAUCUACAUAAGAGUAACUACAAUUGUUGUAUACCUCUGUUAGUUGCUAUAGUUUACAUUAUGGUACAAUAGUUUUUCUAUACCUAUGCUGGAUAUUGCAUAAUCAAACCACCAUGUUGUGUGUCACCAGAGCGAGAAGUUGCGAUUGAAAACGGAGCAGCUGAUUGCAAAAGUCCAGAGAGAUGAAGCUGACCGCAGCUCUACAGAAGUCAAGGGUAAAUUCCUGUUUUGGACCUAGUAAACAACCUGUGCUUUUCCUCUGAGGAACCACCUUAUUUCAGCAAUCGUUUGUUCACUUCUGAACCCCUUUCUUUACCUUUUAGUGGCCAUUUUGACCUCCAAAAUCCGAAACUACCAGGAGCACCUGCACAAACAUACUAAGGUGUGUAUGGGCGAAGGGUAAAUGCAAGACUGUGUCAUUUUAGGUCCCUAUAGUAACAGUGACGUGAAUGCAUAUUAUUUCCACACGUUUCAUUUCCGAACCCCUCCCUAUCUGGUGUGAGGUUUGUCAACAGGAUUUCCUGUGUAGUGCGUACACCCACCAUGACAUUUGACAGAUUAGUAAUGGUGUUGCUGCAUGCUGGGAAUUUACACUGUCACAACGUAUACACGUAACAUUGUAUCCAACAUUUUUGCAGACAUAUUGCAAAAUAUAACUGUUUAUCUAACCUUUAGCACAGCUAAAAUGUUGAAGCCAAGGUUUGGCAGUCUGUCUCUAUAAAGUAUCUCACUUUUAGACAGUUUUGACUGUCUCAAAAUAGCUAUGCUAUUUUUAAUAAGAAAAGCAACUCCUCUAUUAUGUAAAACACACAUUGUUCCCAGACUAGGGGUUCGAUUCAAUCUGUAGUCCUGAAGAGCUGCGCUACAGCACGACAGAAAUUUAAAGGCAAUGUUCCUGCGUUCGCGGAGACUCCAUUCACGGUGAACACUGCAAUAGUCGGCUCAAUGGGAUAUUACCUUUAAAUUUCAAUCGCGCUACAGCACUGCUCUUCAGCACUACGGAUUUAAUCGAGCCCUAAAUAUUGUUAUCCCUUUAAGCAUAUUUUUUUUCUCCAUUUCACCUCUGACUCUGUGUUUUGACCCCCCAUCUUUGUAUCAGGACAAAGCGAACAAGCGACGGAUGCUCAUGGCCAUUGACCGCAGGAAGAAGCUGCUCAAGCACCUGAGGGUGACUCGCUACGACGCCUUUGAACAUGUCUGCCAGCAGCUGGGAAUCACCUACACUUUCCCCCCGGAGUACUACAGACACGCCACCCGACGCUGGCUGGCCAAGAAGGCCCUGUGCAUAAAGGUAGACAACCAAACUCCAUUCACUUUACUUAGCGCAGUUUUCUAGCUUGGUCCCAGAGUGGUUUGUACUGUAUGGUUGGCAAGACAGCACAAACCGAUCUGGGACCAGACUUGCAAUUUUCUUGUUGUUAAUCUUUCUGCUGUAUGCAGGCUGUGGAACCAUGGCUUUUACCAUUUGUCAAAUGCAUGACUUAAUCUAAAAGCCAAAGCAAAGAUGGAGACAUUUAUAGUUUUGUUGUUGUUGUCAUUUUUGCUGUUGGUUUAUAUGACUGUGUCCUUUUCUUAGGUCUUCAAAGAGGUGCAGAAACAGAAACUGGAGCAAAGGAAGAAAAUGAAGCAGACCCUCGCCCCCAUACUGGCAGAACCAGCCAGGACAACCGCUAUAGGAACCCAAUAAACUACUACAGUAUCGGGGUAUAUUGCAAGGCACGCUCCAAUGUCUGUCUUACUCGAUCCAUUCAGUCUUGCUCUCAAUGGGCAAAUUCAUUUUGCAUGGCCCCAGGUGGGCGGGGUUUGCUAAUUUUCGACCAUUCCAUUUGUCCUAAGGACAAAUCUCCACCCACCCGUGGCACCAGCAAUGCAAAAUACAUUUUCCCAUGUAUUGCUAUACUGUAAUAAGAAACAUGAAUAACUUAUUGUUUGUAGUACACCAAGUCUUCAUUCUUCCUGUCCCCUCUGCAAGUUGAUGCAUUAUCAAACCACAUUUGGUCCAAAUAAACGCAGUGAUGCAGAUAUGUGGUUUUAGGGGUGGGCAAUGUCUAUUUGUACUCAGCAUAUGUGACCUGAGACUAUCAAAUAAACCCACAAUUAAUCAUUUAAUUUAAUAAAAUGUAUUGUUUGCGAUCCUUUUUUUUAUGCAUGUUUCACCUUUAUCACUUUUAUCACUUAUAGUCACUUGUGUAUGGUGAUGUGUAACUACCCCAAUUGAAAGAGAGAAAACACUUCUACUUGAUGCUGAUUAAAAUGCUAAUGAAAGAUAUGAGAAAUAAGAACAUUACGCCCUAUGGGUUGAACUGUGGUUGAAACUGAAGUGUAAGAUUAAUCAUAUGAUGACUUCCCUGAACUUAGCUUGCAAUCGUGUUUGCGAAAACUGAAAGAACAUCAGAUAUUGGGUGUUCAUCCACCUCAUAUGUUAAACCGAGGUUAUACUCAUGAUCUGUCACCUGUGAAUUGACCUAUAAACCUAUAAUUCUGAGGAAUGGUGAGGUCAUAAAACAGCUUAACUGUCCUACUGUGAAUUUUGGUGUUUGCAUUACUGUUGAGAGUUGUCUUGAGAAACAUAGGAGUGUGUGAUCAGCGCUUGUUCACAGCUUUAGUAUCACAACUUCCUGUUAAAGUGUAUCGACACAGAUCUGGAGAGGCUCAGAGCUGCAGACAACGUAGGUGAGUGACAUGCUCUUUCCUCUGCUCUCACAUCUGUAGAAAAGCUACAAUAGAGUAACUACUUAAUAAUAAACAACUACCUAAAAUGUUCAGGUUUACCGCUUUCUGAGAAACAGUUGAAAUUGAUGUACAUGUCUUGUCCUUGUACAAUUUUGAUGAAACAGAACAGUUAUACAACAGUUAUCAUUAGUCUUUGUUUAAUGAAAUGGCAAUACAACAAUAUCCCAUUUUACGUAUGUAAUUAUAUUAAAACCUAUUGCAAUACAUAAGAGGGUUUGCAGUAUAUGGUGGUUCAAGGUAUGAAUGGACCCGUGUAUAAACUUGAGUACCCAGUGUAUGGAACUUUUAUGUGAACUUUCCUAUGAGCAAUGAUCUUGAAGGAAGGAAAAAACGACAAUGAACAUUUCCCAUCCCACAACAGUCUACAUGCUGCUAGUUUUGUUUUAUUGCUGUAUUGGGGAAAUGAUCAAACUUCAACCACUGUGCUAACUGUUCGAUGUGGUUAGUUUUUAGGUGUUUGAAGCUGACCCCAUUUGAUUGACAUGUCGAACCCAGUCAUCACCCACCAGCCAGGAGCAGGCUCUUAUGGGACAAAUGUGCAGACGGGCGAGUGGAGCACUGGGCUGUGCUCCUGCUGCAGUGACAUCCUAGUCUGUGAGUAUUGAGACAAAUAAGACCUUAAGUAUCAUCACUAAGUAGGCCUACCUGGUAUCAUACCAUAGGGUUUAAUGGUUGUCAAGUGUUUCAAGUAAAAAGUGUUUCCUAUUUUCUGGAUUUUACAAUAAGGUAAAAUGUUGUCAUACAGGUGCUUUGGGCUUCAUCUGCCCACCAGCAUUGAGUUGCUACACAGCUAACAAGUAUGGUGAGAACCCAUGCCUUGGCUGUGUUCCAGGAGGCAUGACAGCCAUGAGGACCCACAUGAGAUUGACCUAUGGGAUUCAGGUAUGUUACACUUAGAAGCCUAAAGUAAUUAGGGAUGGUGAGGCAUUGAGUAUGUCAUUUUAAAGCACACUAGGGAGAACUGCAACUCAUUCCUGUCCCAGCCAGUCUCACCCUUUUAUUAUGAAAGACAGGAAGGGACCGUUUCAUCAGUACACAUAUUGACAAAUUAGCCUACUGGUUUUCCCUAGUUUGAGGACUUGAACUGUCAAAUAUUUGGUGGAUUCAUUCUCAUCAUAUUUUAUUCUCAUAUUUUUUUUUACAGGGGACGAUAUGCAAUGAUGCGUUGAUGACCUGUUGCUGUGGAUUCUUUGAGAUGUGCAGGAUGGCCCGUGAAAUUCGCAUCAGGAAUGGGGACGUUUGACUUGUACAGUCAAUUGAAGACAUUUUCAAGUGGAAGUUAAAUUAAUCUCAUGUCACAUAUUGUUGAUACAAAUUGUAAUGUACUUUUGUUUUGUUUAAAUUUGACCCCCUACCCCCAAACAGUCCUGCUCUAAGAAUUCAUAACACCAUGUAUGAACAUAAGAUGUGGUCCUCUGUAGCUCAGCUGGUAGAGCACGGCGCUUGAAACGCCAAGGUAGUGGGUUCGAUCCCCGGGACCACCCAUACACAAAAAUGUAUGCACGCAUGACUGUAAGUCGCUUUGGAUAAAAGCGUCUGCUAAAUGGCAUAUUAUUAUUAUUAUUAUUAUGUACAAUAAAGUUCUGUUUUUUCUUGUC